CUUCUUAUCAGCGCAGCGGAUGACGCAGCUGUAGUCGGCAGUUAAAGGGCUUUCAAAUGUUAAACAGUAACAGGACUGUCGAUGCUCACGCUCUUCUCAGCUCAGUUCACCGACCUUGGGUCAUUUUCAGGACUGAGGCGGUGAGAGAGUGCUCUCUUUCUACCAUUCAUUGAAAACAGGAAGAGGAAGUAAAGCAAGUACACGAGUGCAUUCACAAGGUCAUCAUAGCCUGACAUGCCUGUGUUUCCACCGCUGCUAUGGAGCACAUAACUGCUAGUGAGGAACCGUCCGCCGCACUGAUGUACCACGUGGAACGUCCCAUAUUCAAUGAAGGCUAUAUUGACUCAGAGCUUCUGCAUAGGAAGAAGAGGACACCCAAGUCCUUUCAACGGAGAAUAGCUGAGCAUCUCCGCUGUUCUUCUGAGAAAGCCAAAUCUGUUGUAUUUGGUUUCCUGCCCAUUUUAACAUGGCUGCCAUCAUAUCCACUAAAGGAAUACUUGUUUGGAGACAUAGUUUCUGGCAUCAGCACAGGUGUAAUGCAGCUACCUCAAGGUCUUGCAUAUGCGAUGUUGGCAGCUGUUCCUCCAGUGUUUGGUUUAUAUUCAUCGUUUUAUCCCGUACUAUUAUACACAUUCCUUGGUACCUCCAAACAUAUAUCAAUAGGUACUUUCGCAGUAAUCAGUUUGAUGAUUGGCGGCGUUGCUGUAAGGGAGGCCCCGGACUCCAUGUUUGCAGUCAACGGGACCAACGCGUCACAGGUUGUGGAUUUUGAGGCUCGUGAUGCCAGAAGAGUGGAGGUGGUUGUAGCUCUGACAACCCUAGUAGGAAUCAUUCAGUUUGUUCUGGGUCUGCUGAGAUUUGGCUUCCUGGCGAUUUACCUCACUGAGCCGCUGGUGCGAGGUUUCACCACAGCUGCUGCUGUGCACGUCUCUGUGUCACAGAUCAAGUACCUGCUGGGAGUGCACACUGCUCGCUUCAAUGGGCCUCUCUCUGUAGUGCAUAGUCUUGAUGCUGUCUUCAGGAACAUUGCAAGUACUAAUGUUGUCACGCUAAUUAUUGGACUGGUGUGUAUGGUGUUCCUGUACUUCAUCAAAGAUCUCAAUGAACGCUUCAAAAAGAAGCUACCUAUCCCCAUCCCUGGAGAAAUCAUAGUGGUAAUUGUGUCCACUGGAAUCUCGUAUGGGAUGGUUAUGUCUGAAAACUAUGGAGUAGAAGUUGUGGGCAAAAUUCCCACAGGGUUGCUGCCACCCAAGAUUCCAGACUUCUCGGUCUUUCCUAACCUCUUCCCAGAUGCCUUUGCUAUAGCUGUUGUUGGCUUCUCGAUUGCAAUAUCAUUAGCCAAAACCUUUGCUCUUAAGCAUGGCUACAGUGUGGAUGGAAAUCAGGUGAUAAAGGAGUUUGCAACAGUCGAUGUGAAAGUUGUGCUUGCUGGAUGUAGCAGCGUCACUCGUGAGGUGGUGGCUGGGCCGAAGAAGCAGAUGGAUCAUGUGUAUACCAAUGGCCAGAUGAAUGAGAGCAACACUGAGUCUGAAUCUGAGGAUGACUUCUUUCUCCAGCGUCUAACCCCCAUUCACACCAUCAUACUGGACUUUACUCCUGUUAACUUUAUUGACUCUGUAGGAGCCAAAACCAUUAAAUCAGUGAUAAAGGAGUUUGCAACAGUCGAUGUGAAAGUUGUGCUUGCUGGAUGUAGCAGGACUCUGCUCUCUGAUCUCAGGACACUAAAAUUCUUCUGUGAGCCCGUGACCCCUGACCUCAUUUUCCCCACCAUUCAUGACGCAGUGUUGCAUUGUAAGCGCUCGAGGGACGUCCCCGUCUGCCCUGAUGUCCAGUGAACACACAAACCAAACAGAGGGGCAGAAUAUGGAUUGAGUCGUGCUGAAACGAGCACAAGUACUGUUACUUAUGAAUUACUUUAGUGAUGGAUAUCACGUUAGGAUGUCAUGAUAACAAGGAGAGUUUUAGCAGUGAGCAGGCCAAAAAGUUUUAGAUGGAAACACUUUAUUUAAUGUGAAUAUACCAGCAAAUGUUGACCUUAAUCUGAUUGGUGCUGUUGUUUUAUUGCACUAGACAUAAUCGCAAGCUCCACUGCAAUUUGUUACUGACGACUAUAAGACACUCUGUACCUUCAGUUCUUUUAAGUGCAAUUAGUGUAGAUGGAUUCUUAACCAGUGUUUAUUUUUUAGCACUGGUUUAAAUCUUUAUAUUGACAUUCCAGUAAGCUUAUUUUUAUGAUAGAAAUUAAGUUUUACAAUUGUACACCAUGUUCUA